AUGCCUGCAGUGGGCGACCAACACCGCGAACCGCCGAGCACAGUGACCGGAACCGCGAACCCAUUCGAUGAAGGACCACGGCGUAUAAGCGAGUACACUGCUCGAGAAGUAGCCACACUCCAGUCACGCCUCGACAAGCAACUUGGGCCGGAGUAUAUUUCAUCUCGAUCAGGACCUUCGGGGCAGAAAGUUCAUUAUCUUGCGGCGGAGAAAUGUAUCAAUCUUGCAAACGAGGUGUUUGGGUUUAAUGGAUGGUCGAGUUCAAUUCAGAACAUACAGAUUGAUUUUGUUAGUAUGAUGGUUGAUGAAAAUCCGACAACGGGAAAGAUCAGUCUGGGAUUAUCGGUCAUUGUGAGGGUUACAUUAAGAGAUGGCACUUAUCAUGAGGACAUCGGAUAUGGCCAUAUCGAAAACUGCAAAGGCAAAGCGGCAGCUUUUGAGAAAGCCAAGAAGGAGGGAACAACGGACGGACUGAAACGUGCCUUGAGAACAUUUGGAAACGUGCUAGGAAAUUGUAUCUACGACAAAGAAUACCUUGCUAAGGUGACCAGACUCAAAAUUGCUCCGAGUAAAUGGGAUGCAGAUAACCUGCAUCGUCACCCAGACUUUGCUCCUACAAAAAAAGCGCCCAUACAUGACAAAAAGACGCUAGACGAGUUGGAACUCCCUCCACGACCAAUUGAGUAUAAUAAUCGGAAAGAAACCUCAUCACAUGAGACUCUUACAUUUGAUGGAGACGCAGAAUUUGGAAGUGAUGUAUUUGAUGAAGCGGACUUCGUAGCCAACACGGCUGGGAAUCCUGACGAAGUCGUAUUAGACGUUGAUACCCCGCAACCCAUACAGAGACCACAAGCGAGACCGCAAUUACCUCCAGCCCAGCAAAGGCCGCAGGAAUAUCAACAACGUGUAGCACCGCCAAAUCCUGCAAUGACUACCCCCUCCAAGCCAGAACGACAGUGGAAUGGUCCUGCAGCAGCAACUAACGCAGCAUUUAGCAAUAAUUCGAACCUGAAUGCCACGGCUCAAAGAGGGAGUUCGGUUGGAAACCCUCAAGGAAUGAAUCAGACGAACCCUUUGGUAAACAAUAGAUCCAGCCAAGAGUUUCAAAGAUCAAACAAUACUGCUGCUGGAAUCGUCAAGACAGAACAAUCAGCCAAUGCUGCGAAUACAAUGGGCAACCAAUCAACCAUGAAUAACAAUGGACCAGCAGAGCCUGCGGUCGGCUUCUACUCCGCUCGCGCAGUCGAUAUACUACGUGACAACCCUCGCGCAUCACCAAUGGCGCCCAAAUUCGACCCUCAUGCAGAAAGCCCGUCAAUCCGCAAAACGGCCGGUAUAGAUCACACCAAGAGCGUGCCCGUCUCGAAACCGAUGCUAUUUGGAACAUCCCAAUCACCAGCCGGUCCUGGCGCUGCAGCAGCAGCUGGUGCUGGUGGAGGGCGAGACUUCAUCAACCCUGCGACGGACGUGCAUCGUCGCAUCGGAGCUCCAGGCGGUGUUCCCGGCGGUAUAGCCAGUCCAGUGAACAAGGGAUUUACAACAUCAUCUUAUCGUCCGUUGACACGACCAGCCGUUGACAACAGGAACGCCGCGAACAACAACACCAACAUGAACAACCCGACGAAUGACCCAUCACUGAAAAGACCACCACUAAACGACGUCACCAACGCGCCGCUGCCAGGCGCACUCCCAGGAUCUGGUGAUAUCAAAAGGCCGCGACUGAGCAGUGAGGCGCCGCAACAUCAACAACAGCCACCGCAACAGUGA